UUCUAACUGAAAAACUGACUCUUCCUAAGGUUAUGCCAGUCUGUUGGUCUUCAGAACUCAACUGGGACACUGACUGGACUCUGCAGGUUUUGGACUUAGCCUCUGAAAUUGUGACCAAAAUGGAGAUGAUGCCCCAGUAUGACCUGUCCAGAAUGCCAGAAAACACAGCCCUGAAGCAGCAAACGUUGCCUGCCCACCAGCUAGAUUUAUCUGCCUCGGUGGUCCUCUCUAUCUUUUUUGCCACAGGAGGAUUCUGCCUCUGUAUGGGCAUCAUCCUUCUACUGUCUGCAAAGAGCACCAAGGAAAUCGAGAUUAAUUACACAAAUAUAUGUGCCAAUUGUGCUCAGCUACGGGAAGAUAGCUCAAAUUUUGACAAAGAAUGCACUUGCUCUGUUCCCUUUUACCUUCCAGAGAAAAUGGAGGGUGACGUUUACAUGUACUACAAAUUGUAUGGUUUCUAUCAGAACCUCUAUCGAUAUAUUUUAUCGAGAAGCAACAGUCAGCUGGUGGGGAAGGAUAUUUGGUCUGAGAGUUUGCCAAAAGCACUUCUCAUUGAUACAUCAUCUUGCACACAGGACGUUAAGAACUGUUCUCCAUUCCAAUUGUCCCAAAACGGCACUCCCAUUAUUCCUUGUGGUGCGAUCGCCAACAGCAUAUUCAACGAUACCAUAACUCUUUCAUACAACCUCAAUUCGUCUAUAAAUAUAGAAGUCCCAAUGCUAAAGAGAGGGCUUACAUGGUGGACAGAUAAGUAUGUCAAAUUUCGGAAUCCAACAGCCAGUGAUCUUGCUAGUGCAUUUGCAGGAAGUGCAAAACCUCCGCAUUGGGCCAAACCUAUUUAUGAACUAGAUAUAGAUGACCCAGGAAACAAUGGCUUCAUCAAUGAGGACCUCAUUGUAUGGAUGCGGACAGCUGCCUUUCCCACUUUCAAAAAACUGUACCGCCGACUCAACCGUGUGCACAAUUUUGUUGAGGGUUUACCUGCUGGUAACUACAGUUUCAACAUAUCCUAUAAUUUUCCAGUUACUGUGUUCCAGGGAGAAAAAUCUGUGGUUCUUUCCACCCUGACAUGGAUCGGAGGAGGUGGCCUUUUCUUGGGGCUUACUUACACAGUGACAGGGGCAUUGACAUUGUUGGCCUCUUUCGCCAUCCUGGCGAUUUACUUGAUGCUGAAAAGGAAUAAAAAAAGUUUCCUGUAAGACUGAAGUCAAGGCUUGAAAAGAAGAAUAGCAGAAGGCAGAAAUGGACAACAAAGUAAAAGAACCAAAGAUCUCUGGCAAAGCUGGAAAUAUUUCUGAGCUUUCUCAACAAGGGGUUACUGGAUUGACUGAAUCAAAUAUAAUCCCAACUAUGUGGAUAAAUAAUGAGAUUCCCAGAGUGGGGUGAAGAGAAGGAGGGAGGGGGAGGAAGAGGAGGGGGAGGAAAAAUAUGUGCAGUAAGAUGUUCUUGGAAUGAAGACAAUAAAUGAUUUUUGAACUCUA